AUGUUCUAUAAGCUUAGUGACAUAAGCAACACCUCGGAAAUUCCUCAGGAUUUACUUCGACAAGAGGUGAAAGAAGUCGUCGUUGAAUUCACGAAUGGCGGACCUGAUAUACCUCAUGCAGAGCUCCGGCUGAUUCUUGCCCAAGGAGUUGAGCUAGACGAAGACAAUGGAACUAAGACGGUAUAUGCCUGUAGUAUGGGCUCGAAUCCCCACCUAGUACCCCGCCCACAUCUCGGAAUCUACUCUACAUGUACUUUGCGUACUGAGGAGGCCGCUUAUGGCAAUAUGCACAGUCUCGCAUCUUUUAUCUUCAAGCCACGUCGAAGAAUGGCCAGAGUUAGCGCAUAUCUUGCUGCACUGAGUGGGAAUCACCCUUACUAUUCUACAAACUUAUUGGAGUUCGACUCUCUUGUGCGAAUGCCAAACCUGGGAGACAAAUUGGGCUAUGAGUCCCGUGAUGUUGUAGCCCAAUGGGUGGUUAGGCUUGCUGAGACGGGCUUCAUGGGCUGGACGGCUGAGUCUGUGAAGUCGCCACACGACAGACUUGUUGUGCCAGAUAACCCGCCCUUAAAGUUUCAUAAGUUCAUCGCCAAAGGCUACGAAGAACUUGAAGAUGAGACUAUACGAAUGACUCACGGCAUCCACAUGUACGAGGGGGAAUUUCUUGACCAAGAAUUUGAUCGACUCUACACGUUCCUACCUCCACGCUCAUAUCGUCCUUUGUUGUUGCCAUAUCGACAAAGACACGUCGCUGAAGAAUGA